AUUCGGUCUAAAUUUUUUCCCAAAAAUCCCUCUCUUUGUUUUUUAUUUUUAUUUUUCCACUCCUCCAAGUCGCGAUUGAAAUCGAGAGUUUCAUUACUGUUCUUCCAGUUCAAAGCUCAAUUCAACUGUUUCGUCUCUCGUCUUCUUCUUCUCAAGGUUACUGUUCAUAUUGUGUGUGUUUCGUUCGGGAGAGAUUUUACACAUGGAAUCAUAUCAAUGAAGUUGAAAAAGUUACUUAUUUCGACGAUUUACAAUCUGGGUUUCGUAAUUCAGAUCUCAAUUCGACAACUUUUUGUGUGUAUUCGUUACUUGGGGGAAAUUCGAGGGACCCAAAAUGCCAACGAGUCAGCAUCAUGUCGUUAGAACAGACAUUUCGGAGUUAAAAUCUCAGAUUGAGAAGAAGAUUGGUCGGGUCAAAACUGAGACUUACCUUAAUCUCUUGUCGAAGUUCUUGACUUUGAAGAUCAGCAAAUCUGAUUUCGAUAAGCUUAUCGUUGCGACGGUGAAGAAGGAGAAUGUAAGUCUACACAACGCUUUGCUGAGAGGGAUUCUUAGGAAUGUUUGUUUGUCAAAGACACCUCCGUUGAUAAAGAAUGGUAUAGAGAAGAAGAAGCCAUUACAUGGUUUCCAAUCUUUGUGCAAAGACCUUCCUAAAUCGCCUCGUAAAGGAAGGACUCGUCGGAGGUUUAAAGAUGGUAAUAAUGUUAUUAGCAAAGGGAAGAGUCAGAUCACUGAGGUUGUUUCUUCUAGUGGUAGACAACAAUGGUCAAUGGAAGAUGGUGAAGAAGUUGACCAGUUGAUUCGUUGUUGGAGAAGUCAACCUAUUGAACCUCCUCUUGGUGUUAAUUUUAGGGAUGUGAUAAAGAAACAACAUUGUAUAGGGACUUGUUGUUACUCCUCUGGUGAGCUUCCUGACUCUGUUUCUUUAAAGAAGAAACUCGAAGAUGGCUUGGGAAUAAUGGAGGAAGGAUUAGAGGUUUCGGUCGGGUUUUCUAACUUGUUAAACGCAGGGCUUGAUGUUUUCCUGAAGAGAUUGAUCAAACCGUGUCUUGAGUUAGCAGCUUCAAGGUCUAGAAGUAGCCAAGGAGAAGUAUACUCUUCAGCAUUUUCUCUAGUAGAUCUUCAAGUAGCCAUGGAGUUAAACCCGUCACUACUCGGGGAAGAUUGGCCUGAAAAGCUCGAGAAGAUCCGGUUUGUCAAACCAGAUUUGCCUGCAGAUUCAGACAGGCUACUAACCCUAUAACUAGAUAGAUGUGAUUCUUCCAUUACAGAUUUUGUGUUUUUGAACAUCUUUAUUAGAUUAUGUGUAUAUAUAUAUAUAUGUCUUGGUUUGUAUU